AUGCGAUUUUUGGUGGUGUUGGUGGCCGCCGCUUCUGUGGUUUUAGCCGAAAGACCGAAGGUGAAGGGAUUCGAUUCGAAACUUCUUGUUGAGAUCAGGUAUGGUUUCUAUGUGAGGGAUGAUUGCUCAUAAUAUAGUCUAGACCCUGGAGUCGUUAGAUUUCUCAUGUUAUAUUUCUAGAGUUUCCAAAAUCCACGUGGAUUAUGAUUGUAUUUGAUUUCGGAAAUCCUCAAAGUUCUGAUCCUGCUCCUUUAAGAGCUGAUGACUGAGGUAUUGCUCAUGUUAAACUAGAAAAACUGGCUUGAAAUCCACGUGGAACCUCCCUUUAAGGGGAUCUAAAAUUUUUGUGACCCCCGCAGACUUAUAGAUUUUGAGGGAUUGUUUAUGUUAAGCUUCAAAUGCCACGUGGAAAUUUUACUGCAUACAUAAAUUAUUUUUAAAGGGGGAUUACUCAUGUUAAACUACAAUUUCCCCCAAAUCCACGUGGAUUUCUGAAUCAAAUGAUUCAAUUUGAGGAGGGAUUGCUCAUGUUGAACUUCAUGAGAAAAUUUUACGAGCUUGAAUCCAGUUACACGCGAGACUUCCGAAGUUGUUUUGUUUUUUUUUUCCUGUUCAAUUCUCGGGCUUGUCUAAACAUUGCUCAUAUUAAACUGCACACAUUCAACUUUUCUAAUUACUAGCCUAGGAAUUCAGAAUUCAAUUAACACACACAUACACGGCCUCCUCCCUCACACCUAACUCAAUUUAAAUUUAUUUUCUCUCCGCGAAAAAUAUUUUGCUAGGAAAAAUGCAAAAUUUCGCCUAUUGAUGAAAGAAAAAACGGAAAACUCCAAAAAAUUUCGCAUUUUCUCUACAUAGUUGUUGUGUCCAAAAAAAAAGAGUAAAAACGGCCGAUUUCUCUUCUCGUUUUUUGUUGUCAAAAGGGACGAAUGUGUUGAAAUUCAAAACCUUUUUUCCCUUUUUCUGUUUUCGAAUUCGAAAAAAUGGGCAAUUUUUCGGUUUGAACACAAAGAGACUAUAGAAAAUUUAUAUAUUUCUUUGAAAUGAUGACAGAUGUAAAGAAUGUACAGCGCGACACCUAUUUUUUUAAUUGGAAAAUUUUUGUGCGAAAAAAUAAAUUGCCUUUUUUCGAUUUUUUUCGCAGAAAAACAAAAACAGAAAAAUUUUUAUGAGGGGUGACUCAUUUUAACAUGAGCAAUGAUACCAUUAAAAAUCCAUUUUAAUAUGAGCAAUAGUUUUUGGUUUUUAACAGAAAGAACAUUUCUUAACAUGAGCAAUAGCUCUUCGUUUUUUCAGAAAAAAAAAAAUUCGAGUCACCUAUAGUUUCUAACAUGAGCAAUGUCUGUAGAACCACAAGAUUUCAAUCUAAUCUCGCACAAAAAUGUGUAAUAUGAGCAAUGCCCCUGAAAUAACACCCAAUGGGACUUCUUCAAUUUGAACACCAAAAUCUUAGCACAAAAUCUCCUAACCUGAGCAAUGCCUCACAAAAGGUAUCUUCCUAUUCAAAUAUGUAAAUGAAUAAAUAAAUAAACAAUGUUUACAACUUUCGAGUGGCCACCCAUCCGGUAAUCAAAUAAAAGAAGAGCAGUAAAAAGGAACCUCACCAAACACUUAUUAUAAUAGGACAAGCACCAUUGACUUCUUCUUUUUAAGGGUAAAAUGUGGAAUGAAGACAGGAGUUGAGUUAUAACAAGUAGACUGCUAAUUAUUGGGGGGGGGGGGGUUAGCAUUGCUCAUAUUUGUUGGGUUUUUAAGGGAUUGCUCAUGUUAACAAAAGAGAAAUUAUCGUGCUUGAUAGAAUUUGGGUUAGAAUGAUAUAUGAAACUUACAUGUAUUGAGAAAAAAUUGAGUAUUGCUCAUGUUAAUCUGGUUUUUAAGUUGCAAUUUUAACGAUUUUUGAGAAUUCUAUUGAAUUUGGAGGCGAAUGAUAAUCAACACCACUGUGUUUUUUUCUAAUAGAAAAAUGCAAUUCCGAGGAGACGCAGACGGAGAGAGAAAGAGGCUGGUCUCGACACGAUGUGUGUCUGCCACACACUAUUUCUCUCCCUUUUUCGGCGAGAGAUUUGUCUGCCCACGUUUAAGUCUGCGUCUCCCUCGAAUUGCAAAAAAAAAUACAGUGACACUUCAUAAAUUGCUCGAAAUUUGUGUAGUUCUUAUAGGACCCUAAUUUCAAGGCAUUGCUCAUGUUUAGCUAUUUUUCUUGUGGAGAUUUUACGAUUUUCGAGUUCGCCUGUUUAUUUGGAGUCGAAUGAUAUACAAAACUUCAUAAUUUUGGGAAAUUUUUUUGAGUUCUUAAAGGAUCCUACCACGUAAAGGUUUAGAAAUAUUUGAAUUUUCGGGGUAUUGCUCAUGUUAAACACAACAAAUCCUGAUAAAUUUCAAGAUUUUUGGAAUCUCCAUCGAAUUUGGUGUCGAAUGAUAUACAAAACUUUUUUUUUUAGUUCUUAAAGGACCCUUCCACCUUAAUGAACCAUUUUGAAAUUUUGAAUCUAAGCAGCUCGGAAUUCCUCAAAAAACCCAUAAAACUUCGAUCAAACAACAAUAAGACGAAAAAACCUCUUCUUUGUGCCUCAUCUCCUCUUUUUUUUUGCAAUGUCCGGAAAUUAAUUUUUCCCUUUCUCCUUUUUUAUUUUAUUUCAUUUCUUUUUUUCGUUUCUCAAUUCUCAAAUACAUUUUGAAUGAGAAAAGAGACGAAAAAAAGAACUGCGGAAAAAUACAAUUUUUUGAGUGUUCUGAACAAACAAGAGUGGAUGGAUAUGUGUUGUUUAUUAUAUUUUUGAGGAGGCGCAACAAAAAAAAACGGGGAAAAAAUCAAAGUUUGAGGGGGGUUUGAACUAGUAUGAGCAAUGGUUUUAUCGGAUUUUCGGGGUUUCCAUUAACCUGAGCAACUUUAACGCUUUAACCUGAGCAAUCUAGUUAAUAACACCAAACCUCUGGGAUUUUCUAACAUGAGCAAUGGUUUUAUGGGAUUCUCGGGGUUUCGAGUAAUAUGAGCAACUUUAGCCCUUUAACCUGAGCAAUCUACCAAAGCUUGAGAAUUCUAAUAUGAGCAAUGGUUUUAUCGGAUUUCCGGGGUUUCGAUUAAUAUGAGCAACUUUAACGCUUUAACCUGAGCAAUCUAGUUAAUAACACUAAAGCUCUGGGAUUUUCUAACAUGAGCAAUGUUGUUUACCAUUAAUAUGAGCAAUCUCGGACCUUUAAUGAAGGAGGUAGACUUAAAGUGAGAUUUUCUGACAUGAGCAAUGGCUAAUCACAUUUCCGGGAUUAGUAUGAGCAAUUCAUAAAGAUUCUCUCAUCCUCCAGUCAAAUGUACAGAACUUCAAAAGCCUUGCUAAUAUGAGCAAUUCUUAGUACAUGAUACCAAAUCUCCAAUAUAACCUGAGCAAUACAAAAAAAUUACAGAUAAAUGUGAAUACUUCACAUUUUCUCAGUUCACAGAAACUCACUAACAUGAGCAAUGCCUCCAAAACUAUAGAUCAAAUCCCUAGAAAGCCCCAAAUCCUGAGCAAUACCAUUUCAGCUCUCUCCCAAAAGACUACUGUGGUGAUGACGUGUAUUUCGGGCUCGGAUUGAUGAAUGGAAGUUUGGAACGAUGUGCGGAAUACGAAAAAAUCGGUCAAAACGCGACUGCCGACGAGGAAUAUGAGAAAUGGAAGUGCGCGAAUUUGAGAUUGCCAAAUUCGGCUGCUGUCAAGGAUGGAAAAUGCUCAUGCAAUUGGUCACAUAAAGGUGGGGUACUGAAAUUCAAAUGAGUUAUGACGUGGCGAGAUUUGCGCCAACAAGUUGUAUACUGACACAAUUCUCGUUUCAGGACCACUCUGCGAAAAACAUCUCUCAUGUGAACCGUUCGAAAAAUACGCUGGUUCAGGGUGAGUUUUUUUUUGUGAAAACCAAAAUGGCGUGUCGUAACCAAUAUUGACAGAUUUCAUUUUUGACAUUUUUUCGCAAAGAUGAUUUUAAAACCCAAAUCGCUGCGCGAAACCAGAUUUUUUCGGCCGCGAAUAAAAUUUUUCUUUCGGAUGAUGAUAAAAAAGGGCAAGAGAACUUGAUUUUGGAGAAUUAGAUCAAACUAUAGAAAAGGGGUCAGUGAUUUAUACACCUACGCAUAUGUUUUUUUUGAGAAGAAAGAAGAGCUCAUCAUAAAUUUAGGCUUCGGAAAAACAUAAAAUGUUUUGACGACAAUAAAUACCACAUGUUUUGACAACAACUAGAAAAUAGGGGAGGUAGUUUUGAGAAUAUUUGGGAUUUGGAAUAGGAAUUUUUGAAAAACAUUGAUUUUCAGCUUUAAGGCGGAUUUCCCAGCUAUUUUUCACUGAAAAAAGAUCCGUCAAUUUCAAAUUUUUAUUAAAAUUCCUCUUUUUCCAAAUUUUUUAGCCUAACUUUAUUGAAUUUUUAAAGAUUUUUUUCAUAAUUUUCAUAUAUUUUUCAAAUUUUCCGAAAUCCCUCCCCAAAAAACUCACCAAUCGCUUCUAUUUCUCAAAUUCACAAUCAAAAUCAUUGAAAAUUCGAAAUCCUCCAAGUUUUCCACGUUAUUAACAUCGAAAUCCAAUCCUCCAUCAAUGUGUCAAGCUGAAAAUCAGAAAAUUAUGUUUCCAUAGGGCUUUCUGCGUCUCACAACAAUUUUCCAGCUAUUUUUCAGAGCAAAAUCUUACCCAAAUCCAUUGUCCAUCGAUUUUUGAUUAAAAAAUCACAAGUUCUUCGGCGAUUCCAUGAAUUUGACAUAAAAAUCAGCGAUUUUCGUCAAAUUUCCAUCGAAUAUCGCUUCAAAUACAUUUCUGACCCUGAAAACUCAAAUAUUUCCAUCAAAACAGUGUUUCUCUAGAAAAAACUCACUUUUAUUUGAUAAUCCUCGGAUUUUCUGUUGGAGGCGAUGAUUUCAGCCUUGUAGAACAUCUGAAAAUUCAAUUUUUGACCGAAAACCUGAAAACCCAGCGAAAAAAAGGAAAAAUGAAAAUAUUCUCGUGUUGCGCUAAACAGCGGGCAAGCGGACAAGUGGAGUGUCGUUGUAAAAAAAGAAACAUUUCGAAAAUGAAAAAAAAACAAAAAUAAAACUACGACACUCCACUUGCCUGUUGUUUAUCGUAUUUCAACAGAGCGGCGGUUUAAAUUCGAUUUUUUUUUGCAAAAAUUGUAAAUCAAAUGUUUCCAGUUGCACGCCAGUCUGCAAAAAUGGUGGAACCCCCGCAAUCGGCACCAAAUUCGAAUGUACCUGCCCGGUUCCAUGGGAUGGCCUUUUCUGCGAUCGUUUGGCGUGUUUCCGUAAAUCCGAUCAUUUGGCAACGCAAAGAUUCAGAAAUAGUGCAAAUGGCGAGUGUAUUUGUAAAGAGCAAUUUGGCGGAAAAGAUUGUGAGACGAUUUUGAAUUGUGGACCCAACGGAAAUUUGACCGACUCGAACACUUGUUAUUGUAAUGACACGUGGUAUGGAGAGAUUUGUGAUCGAAAGUGUCCAAAAGGAUUGCAGACGUAAGAUUUUGGGAUUUUGUUUCGAAAAUGAAAAAUUUUGCUACCUGAAAAUCCACGUGGCAAACGAUUUUUCCUGCCAUUUGUCUUUAAAACCCCUCAAAGUUUCCCUCCAAAAACCCACGUGGCAAAUUCAAAUUUUCAGCUGCUCCGCCUUCUCAACUUCCAUCAUCUUCACAAUUUUCGCCGUGCUUUUUGCCCAAGUUUUCUAA